CCCAGUCUGACUGGAGACAGCCGGAUGCCGGCUGACCCGGGGCCCGAGGCGGGCGGUGGCUGGCCAGGCUUCCUCAUGUCCUGCCUGAAGGGCCCCCAUGUCAUCCUCAAGAUGGAGGCCAUGAAGAUGGUCCACCCUGAGAAGUUCCCCGAGCUGCAGGCGGCCGCCCCCUGCUUCCCACCUGCACCCCGGCCCGCCCCGGCUCUGGCACCCAAGCGAGCCUGGCCCUCAGACACAGAGAUCAUCGUCAACCAGGCCUGUGGGGGGGACAUGCCCGCCCUUGAAGGGGCGCCCUGCACCCCGCCUCUGCCACGGCGGCCCCGCAAGGGCAGUGCCGAGCUAGGCUUCCCCCGGGUGGCGCCAGCGGACGAGGUCAUCGUGAACCAGUACGUGAUCCGGCCUGGCCCUGCGGCCCCAGGGGCCCCUGCGGCGGCCGUGGCCGCGGCUGCGGGGGAGCCUCUGGAGUGCCCGACGUGCGGGCACACGUACAACGCCACGCAGAGGCGGCCCCGCGUGCUGUCCUGCCUGCACUCCGUGUGUGAGCAGUGCCUGCAGAUUCUCUACGAGUCCUGCCCCAAGUAUAAGUUCAUCUCCUGCCCCACGUGCCGCCGCGAGACUGUGCUCUUCACUGACUACGGCCUGGCCGCGCUGGCCAUCAACACGUCCAUCCUGAGCCGCCUGCCGCCCGAGGCGCUGACCGCCCCGUCGGGUGGCCAGUGGGGCAGUGAGCCCGAGGGCAGCUGCUACCAGACCUUCCGGCAGUACUGCGGGGCCGCGUGUACCUGCCACGUGCGGAACCCGCUGUCUGCCUGCUCCAUCAUGUAGCGCCCGCCCGCCCGCCACCACCCGCCGGUCCUUGCUCACCGCUGCUUCAGGGGUCUGGCCCUGCCCUGUUGCCCGCUAACCCCGUGCCCACCACAGCUUCUGG